AUGUUCGAUAUUGAGUCAAUCCCUAAAUUCAGAUUUGAGCAAACUUCACAGGGAAUUGUAAUAGUUAUGGGGGAAACUUUAUCUGACACGGAUAAAGAGAUGACAAUAACGAGUAAGAUUGCGGUUCAAUCUCAAGAAACCCUCACAUAUCGCAAGUCUAUAAAGAAGAAGAAGAAUAUAAGUGUGGAUCAAAGGCGUGAUUUUGAUUCUGGUGAUGAUGGUGGAAAACAAUCGAAGAAGAAGGAAAAGAAGCACAAGAAGGUAUCUGGUGGAGAUAAGAUAGUAAAUACCGAAAGCUUCAAAGUUAGUGGAGGAAGUCGAAGACAUGAGAAAUUUCUGCUGAUGUUUUAUGAAAGGACAGGGAAAACUUGGAAGAGGGGUUACCUGCUGUAUGAAGUUAAAACUAAUGAGGACAAAGAAGAUAAAACUGACGAAGAAGCUUCUGAUCAAGUCUGUGAGUGGAUUGGGAAUUUGUCUAAAUUAUGGAAACGUGACCUUGAGUAUCUAGAUACAGGGCAGAAUGAUGAUAUUAAGAAGAAUGAUCUGAAGAAGGAAAAUAAAAAGAAGAGCAGAAAGAAAGUGAAACUGAGCAUGGAAGAUGUCAAAAUCGAUAACCCUAAUGCUGUUUUGAAAUUCAGAAACACGGAUCCGUUGAGGGAGCUUCAAGCCACGACUUCAGAGAUGGUUCUUGGUGGUACUGAUCUUGUUGGAAUGGCUCGUACUAGUCAGGGUAAAUUGGUUUUGGUGUUACCUAUAUUGAAAUCUUUGAUCAAUGGACCUGCAAAGAGAAAAAUAAGAAUAGGUAUGGCAGGCAGGCCACCGAGUGUUUUAAUACGUUUACCCACCAGAGAAUUGGCCAAGCAGGUGUUUGCUGAAUUUGAUGCAUACGAAGGAUCUGUUGGUUUAAAUUCUUGCUGUGUCUAUGAAGGUUUUCAAGAGACUAAACUAAAUAGAGGUGCUGGCAUUGUAGUUGGUUCACUUGGUCGUAUCAAGGAUCAUAUUGAAAGGCACACCAUUGCUACUAGGUUUCUGAAACGAGAUAAGAAGACUAUCAACCUUGUUGGUUAUGAUAAAAUAAAUGCCAGUAAUAAUGUUAGACACAUUGCUCUUGCCUGUAAUAAGAAAGCUAUAUUAAGGUUGAUUCCUUACACCAUCAGUUUGUAUAGUAGUGGAGGUAGUAAAAUCUGUUUCACUAAGAGUAAAGAUCAAGCUUCUGAGCUUUCUGGUUUGUUACCCGGAGCUAGAGCUUUGCACGGUGACAUUCAACAAUCACAACGUAAGAUUACUCUUGCUGGAUUUAGAAAGGGUAAGUUCUCGACAUUUGUUGCUCCAAACGUUACUGCUCGUGGUCUAGAUGACGUCCAGUUAAUUAUCAAGUGUAAGUCUCCAUGUGAUGAAGAUUAUAUCCGUUGUUCAGACCAAAUAGGGGGAGACGAUAACACUGGGGUUGCGGCUAUAUUAUACGCUUCUAGAAAGUCUGGCGUGUCUAGGAUUGAAAAAGAAGCUGGUAAAAGGUUUGAACAUGUUUCUCCACCACAGCCUAAUGAUAUUGCCAAAGCUGUUGGUAUGGAAGAUGCUGAGAAGAUUAUACAGGUCUGUGACAGUGUGGUUCAUGCAUUUAUGACGGCGGCCAAGGAGUUUGCAGAUGAGUAUUUUGGUACAGAGUCUGAUCUUGGUGAAGGCGAAAAGCUCUUGAAAGAUAGCUUUCUGAGACAGAUGGUAAAGGAGAAAGAUGGAAACAGAAAAACUCAAGUGACUGGUGAAUCAGAGAUUGAGCACUUUGAGAAAGAUGAGGACUUGGUACUUGAUCAAAACAAGUUUGAGACUCUGUAUCAUCAUAAGGAGAAGAACGCAGGGGAUAUUAUUAUGAGGCAGUCUAGAGUUUAUGAAGACUCUGUGAAAAAGAACAAUGAGGAUAGAAUGAAGAUUGGUCAAGGCUGUGUUGAGUAUGAGAAACCAGAGAUUUUUCUUAAAUUGGCUCUCGAGGAUCCUUGCAUAUUAGCUCAUAAGGAGAAUGAGUCACUACGAAUUUUGUGGAGAACUCUUGGUCUGAAAAGAGAUGCUUCCUAUUUUAGAUCAUAUGUUAAUACAUCUAAGGUAUUGAGGAUUCUGGACGCAAAGGCCAAGAAUUUUCAGCUUGGAAAGGUAUCAUCCAAGAAAACAUCUUUGCCAAGUAGAAUUGGUCUAACAAAGAAGUUGGUUGUUAUUUACCUAAUACCGUCUAGUAAGGGUAGGAAGGGGUCACAGAAACGAAGUAUGAGUAAGAUGGAAGAGACAAACGUUGACGCGGGUUCUUUAGCUACACCAAUAUCAAAGAAAAAGAUUGUGAAGAAAGACAAUCCUGAAGGAAAUGAAGACUUUAUGGAAACUAACCUUGAAAAGCUUGAAGAUAGAACCAAGACUGCAAAGACGUUACUUGCACAAUCUAAAAAGGAGAAAGCACAGAAAGGUUCAAUGAAACCAGCUGCAAAGAUGAGACUUGAUAAAUCAGUCCACUCAGAUACCAAGAAAAGGAACUCGGAAGGUGGAAGCACGGAGAUGCAGAUUGCCGAGUCGUUAAAGAGCAAGAAGAAGAAUGCUCGUGCAGUGACGCCUUCUACCAAAGAAUCUGAACAAAUUCUCAAGAGCCACCCCAAGAGGAAUCGUAUAGUUAUUGAGGAAGAGAAGCGUAUACAGUCUCUCAGAUUACCAAAGACAGAACACGUCCAAGUGAGGAAUAAAUGA